GAGAUUCUUGAUGAUUUACAAGACGAAUGUCUUCUUGUAAAGAUGAAGUUUGUCUCCAUCACAUCCUACGAGGUUACCAGAAGGAGUAACAAGACAAGGGCUAAUGAAGCUAUGGCGAUCUGAUUCCACAUAUUCCAUGAUCCUCCUUGCCUGGAUGAUACCAUCACGUGACACCUGAUCAACUGCGUAGGUAUUACGCUCUCUAUCCCAAUACGCGAUGUAGAGUGUGUCUGUCAGUUUGUCAACGCGACACUCUGACAGACCCCACUCAUCACAGUGUAUGACAGCCUUCUCUUCUCCUGAUCGUGAGAUGACAGUGUAUUCAUUAUCAUCUGUCGUCACAACGAUAUCACCUGAUGACAAGGCUUGUAUCCCAUCCCACACCUCCUUACCCUGCAUCGUAAUAGUGUUUACUAUCUUAUCAUUAGCAGGAUUGAUAACGUAGAUAUUAGACUGAUCGUCCUGAGCAGCGAUGAUCAUCCCAUCCCUGUCAACAUCAACAUACACAUACACACUUAAACCGUCUUCAUUCCUUGGUAUGGUGAUGUCUCUAAUCACCUUCCAUUGUCUGUCAUAGAGAGUGAUGCAUCCAUCCAACCUGUCACCCAUGCAAUCAUCGCUAUCCUUACCACAUACUAUUACGUUACUGUCUAUGGGCGCACAUGAUGUAAUCAACACACCUUCAUCAAUGACUUUCUCUGUGUGUUGAGUGUUAAUGUUUGUAACAUACAUGUCAUUGUUACCUCUGUCUUGCACACAUAUCUCAUCCUCACUGAACAAACUACACACGCACGGCUUAUUAACAACCGAUGGAAUGUGGAUUGACCUGGCAAGUUCCCAUUUACCGAUAUACCCAUCAAUUCUACUAUAGUAUUCUCCACCUGCUUCCCCCUCUACAAACUUCACUCUCUCAACUUCACUCUCUAUUCGGUCAAGACAGUCGCUCACAUUUUGAUGAACAUUCAAACUUAGAUUUUCAUCAAUAGAUGCAAGUACUUGAGGAGCUUCAUUCACCAAUGUUUCAUCAUGUAGUACUCAAAGACUUCACGCUGAGCUGCCCCAGAGGAAAGGUAAUCGCCAUCUGUGGUCCCUCAGGGGCCGGCAAGUCAACGGUCACGGCGCUGAUGGAGAGGUUUUAUGAUGUCACUGCAGGAAGUAUAAGGAUUGAUGGGAUAGAGGUUCCUGACCUGGAUGCCAGCUGGCUACGAGGAAGAACGAUAGGAUACAUCAACCAAGAACCCACACUCUUUGCUACAUCUAUCAGAGAAAACAUCAGGUAUGGGGAUCCACAAGCUACAGACACAGAGGUAGAAGAAGCUGCUAAGUUAGCCAAUGCUCAUGAUUUCAUCCAAGACUUUCCAAACGGAUAUGACACAGUCCUAGGGGAGAGAGGAGCUACUAUAUCAGGCGGUCAGAAACAAAGGAUAGCGAUUGCAAGGGCAUUAAUCAAGAGGCCUUCAAUAUUAAUUCUUGAUGAAGCAACAAGUGCACUCGAUGCAGAAGCUGAGAGACUUGUGCAGGACACUAUUAAUAAAGUAUCAAGAGGUCGUACAGUGCUAAUCAUUGCUCAUCGGCUUAGUACAAUACAGAACGCAGAUGUUAUAGCUGUACUUGCAGAUGGCAAAAUUCAAGAGAUUGGCAGUCAUACUGAACUAAUGAAGAAGAAAGGAAUGUAUGCUGACCUUGUACACCGGCAAGCUUCUCAGGACUAUUAAAUUCAUUCAACUUGAUCAGCCCAUAGAGGUAGACAGGUUUCAUCACGUCAAAGUGAGAUUGAGUGAAGGGAGAGCAUUGAAGAAAUUUGGAAAACCUUGAUCCCCUAAAAAUUCCAAGCCAUGUCUUUCAUGUGAUGGGAAAUAAUGUGGCUUUGGUCAGAGGUCGGUUUCACUGAUGUGACAGGCAUUAUCCUAUUUAUUACAAUUAGGACGAUUUUUAUUGAUUUUAAAUGAUAAAAGUUGGAGCGCUUCCACUUUGUCAUCCCUCAGACUGCUAGAAAAAAAUAUAUCAUUGGGUCUUUUCAACUGCAGCUCACAAAUCAUGGAGCUCUCUAACUUCUACACUAUUCCUAAGGAUUCCCGGACGUUUACCUCAAUCAAGAAGUGUCUAAAAACCUAUGUAUUCUGAUUUUACUUUUUCAAUCUUGUGUUAGUUUGUCAUAUGUGGAAGAGCCGUGGUGUAGUGGUUCUGACUCUCGCCUUGUAAACAGAGGGUCGUGUGUUCGAAUCCCAUCAUGGUCUAGCGUCCUUUGGCAAGGUGUAAAUACACACUUUGCCACUCUCGACCCAGGUGCUAAAUGGGUAUCGGGUAGGAUGCGAAAGAUAUUGUAUGUUUGAAUUUGCCAGCGCCAUAAUGAGGCUACGAUGAAUGCAAGGAAUGCUUCCCAGGGAGUGGAAAUCGUGCACUUUUCAUGCGGGAUUGAAAUAAAUCCAAUGACCAGUUUUGGGAAAAGCGCUAUAUAAAAAUUGGCUUUUAUUAUUAUCAUUAUUAUUAUAUUCAAUUAAUUUUUCAGACCACUUUCAGUUUUUCUGACUUUUUGUUUGUUAUCCCAUGUGCAUUGUCUCUUGCAAAAAGGUGCUUUAUGAACUAAACGUUUUAUUAUUGUUAUUAAUGUCAUUAUUGUUAGGAUAUAGGUUAAGCCUGUAGCAUAAUUGAGUAAUAUGUUAAUGCGCUUUUUAAAAUUUAACAUUGAUAUUGAAGAGGAAUGUCCGCCCUGGGUUUAAUAGAUGCCGAGAAAUCAAAGAAACUUGUCAGUGAAGGUUUUUAAGUAAUGCAAUUCUGUGGAUUCACAAAACUGUGCACCAUCUAUCGGUUGCAGCGGACAGGCCAAUUUCUAACUUCCGGGUCGGCGUUGUGCGCAGACAGAGCGCAGUGCUAGUGUACUGUAAUUUGACUGAUUAAAGAAUGAAAACCAUAUGGCAAAAGCGGAGAGAGAAUUCACUGAAAACGGUCUAAAUUUCACAAAUAUGCAGCAAGUUUCUCACGCACCUCCUGGACCCUGGUAAGCCGCAUAAUUUUAUGCCAGCUAACCGAGCUGCUCUGGCCAGUGCAGCAUAAUCUCAUUCAUGCACUAUUGCGCACAGCAGAUGUUGACUUUUACCCAUGAGGCAUAACAAACUUACCUAUCCACUGCAACCAAUAGGUGGCGCACUGUAUUGUGAAUCCACCGAAUUGAACAUUGCAAGAAAAUUUCGAUGAAUUGCAAUUAUAUGUCUUACAUUUAAUUGUAAUUUAUACCCGAUUGCUGAUUUGCUUGAUUUGACACAAGUUAAUCAGAUAUAUCAAAUGUAAAUUGCAAGAGAAAUUUGCAAUUUAUUGCAAAUAUUUUCAUGCUACACCCCCUUUUAAUAGAUAAUAAAAUUCUUUUGAAGAAAAUUGAUAUUUGAAAGAUGGAUUGUGAUUUAAAAAAACAUUAAUGUGUUUCUGUUCUGGUUGAAUAUCAGCUGCUGAUAUUUGCCUACCGGUAUUUAAGUAUACUAAGAGCAGUGCAUGUGAUCGUUUCAAUGUUGAAAUAAUGUUGAAUUUUAUGCAAUGGAUCUCUUCAUUAUGUGAUAUUCAUAAGAAUUCUGUAAAAUAGAAUAUUUUAUUUAAAGAUUAAUUCA